CUUUCUUCUGGAUAUUGUCUGAUUGUUGUCUUUGUUUUAGGCUUUCAGGAUGAAUCUGGAAAAACUCAGCAAGCCAGAACUCCUAACACUAUUCAGUAUUCUUGAAGGAGAACUUGAAGCAAGAGACCUUGUUAUAGAAGCUUUAAAGGCGCAACACAGAGACACUUUCAUUGAAGAACGCUAUGGAAAAUACAACAUCAGUGACCCUUUAAUGGCGCUCCAGAGAGACUUUGAAACACUGAAGGAGAAGAACGAUGGUGAGAAGCAGCCGGUCUGCACAAACCCACUCUCGAUUCUGAAGGUGGUGAUGAAGCAGUGCAAGAACAUGCAGGAGCGCAUGCUGUCCCAGCUGGCCGCCGCUGAGAGCCGGCACCGGAAGGUGAUCCUAGACCUGGAGGAGGAAAGACAGAGGCAUGCACAGGACACAGCUGAAGGAGAUGAUGUCACUUACAUGCUAGAGAAGGAGAGGGAGCGGCUGACUCAACAGUUGGAAUUUGAAAAGUCCCAGGUGAAGAAGUUUGAGAAAGAGCAGAAGAAGCUCUCCAGCCAGCUGGAGGAGGAGCGCUCCCGCCACAAGCAGCUGUCGUCCAUGCUGGUGCGCGAGUGCAAGAAGGCCACCAGCAAGGCGGCCGAGGAGGGCCAGAAGGCGGGCGAGCUGAGCCUGCGGCUGGAGAAGGAGAGGAGCCGGGCGAGCAGACUGGAGGAAGAGCUGGCUGCCGAGAGGAAGCGAGGCUUGCAGACCGAGGCCCAGGUGGAAAAGCAGUUGUCCGAGUUCGACAUUGAAAGAGAACAGCUGAGAGCAAAACUGACCCGAGAGGAGAAGCGGACCAGGAGCCUGAAGGAAGAGACGGAGAGUUUGAAGAGGAUAGUGAAGGACCUGGAGGCUUCUCACCAGCAAAGUAGCCCCCGUGAGCAACUGAAGAAACCGGUGACCGUGUCUAAAGGCACAGCGACUGAGCCUCCCGUGCUGGUGUCUGUAUUUUGCCAAACUGAGAAUUUUCAGGCAGAAAGAACCCACGGGAGCAGCAUCGCCAAGGUGGCCACCACUGGGCUGCCUGGUCCCACCACUCCUACUUACUCUUAUGCAAAAACCAAUGGCCAUUUUGACCCAGAGCUGCAGACCACCAAGGAGUUGAUGACAGGCAGCAGUGGGGAAAACCAAGUGCCUCCACGAGAGAAGUCAGCGGGAUUGGCCCAAGAGAAGGCAGUAGAGAACGGCGGGUGUCCUGUGGGAACAGAGGUUCCAGGCCCCACGCCCGGUCACCUGCCUUCCAGUGGGAGCUCACCGUCUCCCAGCAGCACAGCCUCUUCCUCACUCACGUCCUCUCCUUGCUCCUCUCCAGUACUAACUAAGCGCUUAUUGGGGUCCUCAGCUAGCAGCCCUGGCUACCAGUCAUCCUACCAAGUAGGGAUCAACCAGCGUUUCCAUGCCGCUCGGCACAAAUUUCAGUCCCAAGCAGAUCAGGACCAGCAAGCCAGUGGUCUCCAGAGCCCUCCGUCCAGGGAUCUGUCCCCCACCCUCAUGGACAACUCGGCCGCCAAGCAGCUAGCCCGAAACACAGUCACUCAGGUGCUCUCCAGAUUCACUAACCAACAAGGGCCAAUCAAGCCCGUCUCUCCCAACAGCUCCCCCUUUGGCACAGACUAUCGAAAUCUGGCCAACACUGCCAACCCAAGAGGUGACACCAGCCAUUCACCUACUCCAGGGAAAGUGUCCAGUCCUCUGAGCCCCCUGUCUCCGGGGAUCAAGUCCCCUACUAUCCCCAGAGCUGAGAGAGGAAACCCUCCACCUAUCCCACCCAAAAAACCCGGCCUCACUCCUUCUCCAUCUGCUACCACUCCACUGACCAAAACUCAUUCCCAGCCCUCCUCUUUGACCACCACAGAAGACCUUGCCAGCAACUGCUCUUCUAAUGCUGUUGUAGCCAACGGCAAGGACGUUGAGCUACUUCUGCCUACCAGCAGCUAGUCUCGAGGAGGGAGUCUCCACAUUUGACAUUCCAUCAGAUUUCAUCCAGGAGCUCCGAAUCAAACCGUUGAGUCAAAUCGUGUUAUUUAUUUUGAUAGUGACUGAAACCAUCUGAGUAAUACAUUUAGUGUAUUUCACCUUUUUCUAUUUUUUUAAGUAGAAACUGAGUAGUUUGGGUUUUUAUGACUCACAUCUUUGUUCUAAAGCUAGAAGGGCACCUCAAAGAUGUCUAAGCUCCAGACACCAUCAUGUUAUGAUGGAGAAAACUAAUUGAGUACCAGGUGGUGAUUUGCUGUCUAUUUGGGGACGAGAAUCACCCAACAUUCAUUUUAAAUUAUGUGGAAGAGGUUCAUGGAGAUUUUUAUUCCAGAUGAACAUGUUUUAAAAGUGCCUGAAAUUAGACUGCCAUAUGAACGUGAUUCUGCAGCAGAAACACAAAAUGGAUCAUUUAACUGCAAAAAAAAUGAGAUCCUCUGUGAAUUCUGAAUGUUACAAACCAACACUGCUUUUAAUUCUGUCUUACUGUUAUUAAUACAAGCUUUGUGUUCAGAAACAAGGCUGCAUAAGCAGAAUGGGAAUCCUAAAGGUGGGUGUGAACUCACCACAGAGCUGAGCUUUACAGAGCCCUUGAGAAACCCUCGUGGACGUGAAGCAGUUGGGGUGCUGAUUUUCUUGUACUUUUGAAAACUUACAUCACUCCCAGUUUCCUGCAUAGACUGAAAUCACAUCUCCUUCAAAAUCACAUCUCCUUCUUCAGGCAUCUACUGUUGUGUAAGGAACUUCUGAUUCCGAUUGCUGUUACUUGAAUAGGAAAUGGUUAUUCAUUCUGUAUAAAAGUUUUGCAACAGAAUGAGAUCUUUAGUCUGUAAUCAAAAAGCAAUAACUUAAAAUUCACUGUCUUUGUAAUAUUAUGAGUCAGAAUUAUACAGGUUUUAGCUAAUCGUUACUCUUCUCCAAGUUACCAGCACUUGGUGUCUGUAUCUGUGGAACCAAAUUAACUUUUGCCUAAAUGGAAGUAUACAUAUAUCUGUAUAGAUACACACCCCAUUACGUGUUUAACAUACACACACUUAAACACAUGAAUAUUAGUGUGAUUAUAUCUUUGGAGUUUGCAAUACAGCAUAAAAGAAGAGCAGAAAUGCGUGUUAAGAUUACCUACCAAAGCAACCAGCUGUAGUCGAGACCCAGUCAGUCAAAAGGAGGAGUCUUGUCCAUGGGGAGGGGGAAAUUCAAAAUGAAAUCAGGUCUUCAGCAUCAUAAAAAGGCAUGGCCAAACUAACGCAGUGCCACAAAGCUGGUCAUAUAAAUGAGUGACACAGUUCACUCACUGCAGUGACGUGUGACAGCUGGGAGGAGUAGGGGUUGUCCCAGACCUCGGCGCCCAAGCCCUGUUGAAAAGGCCACCCCUGCUGGGCCUCAGCUGCUUGUUGCCAUGCCAGAAUGCUCAACCGGGGUUCCCAGCCCCUCACAUUUCCUCAAAAUCCAAAUUUUCACAAGAAACUUUCUCAUUUUUAGAUACCAAGAACUGAUUUUUAAAACUCUUCAAUACCUCUGGUUGAACAAACACUUCUGCAGCUGGAUUUAGCUCACAGGCUGCCAACUUGCAACCUCUUUCAUUCUAGAACCUUCCGUCAUUUCCAUCACAGCAAAUUUGUGAGGACAAAUGUUGGCUAGCACAGCCGACAAACCACAUAGAAUAAUGGGCUAUCCUCCUCCUCCAAGCAGGAUUGCCUGCAGCCCAGCUCAGACGUGGUGGUUAUAUGACUUUGUGUCCACAAGGAUGGAGAGGCCUUGGUCCUCACAUACAUUCUAGCCAACAUCUAUCCAGCAGCCCCCGACCUCCUGCUAUAGUUUAAACCUGUUCCCUGUUAAUCCAAUAUGAGUUGCUGGGGGAAGGGCAGGUGAUGGAAAUCAAGGAGUGAGUCACUAUGGAGUACAUUGGUGUCUCCACAGCUUAUGGUUUGGCUAAAGCCAACACAUCAAAAAAAUUAAAAUGCUAUUAAUGCCCCAGCAUGCCUACUAAAUGAUGGAGGGGUUAUCUUAAACUGUCCAAAGCAAUCAUGCAUUUAUUCCUGUCCGUAGUCAGAUGAACUGUGCUGAUGAUAAAAUAGCUGAACUUUCUAAACAGGAAAGGGGGCGAUAAUCCCAGAGUGUUAUUACCUCUCUUGCUUUAAAUGGUAAUCUUACAAGUUGCAUUGUGCUCUUUUUUUGUUGUUUUGGCAUAGAUAUAUAUAGAGAGAGAUACUAAAAGGAAGUUUAUUUCUUAGGAAGUGCACUGAAUAAUGUAUUUCUUUUACAGUGUAAUAUGGGGGUGGGGAAAUGCAAAAGAAAUGUGUAUUUUUGCUAGUUGCCUAUCUUCUGAGAUGAAUAAGCACAAUACUGUAAUGGAUCCAAUAACCCAGUUAGGUAUUAUAGAUUAGUAUUUAAGUUUGCUGUAGAUUGUGUGUGUGCUAAGUAAAAGUUCCAUGAUUCACAGUUUUGGUCUUAACCCAUGUUGCGAAAGCUACGUUACUUGGUCAACAGAUUAUGAUGACGUGUAACCCAUAACACAAGCAUUAACUAGUCAUUAACACUUGUAAAGUCAGAUGUACUGUGCAGAAGUCUUCAUCCAUUUUUAUCACAGACUACAUUAAAACAAGUUAAAUCAUA